AUGCUCCGAGCGCAAGUGUAUUGCUCCCUGCUCUUUAGUCCUCCACAAGUCAAGUUAGUGACGGUUGGUAGCAGCUCCAGCUCAUGGCUCAUCCAAUACCGUAGUGCUAGAAGGCUGCCCAGGGGGGUUUCUAUCAAGGCCUUGAAAGAUGGGGCAGGCGGGGAAACGAGCGGCUUCCGCGGGCAGAGUUGGGAUCCGGGGUCAGAAAUUGAGGUUCCUUUUGAGCAAAGGCCGGUGAAUGAGUACUCGUCUUUGAAGGACGGAGCCUUGUACUCGUGGGGCGAACUGGGACCUGGGCCCUUUUUACUUCGACUCGGAGGUUUGUGGUUGGUAACUUUCACAACUCUAGGAUUGCCUAUUGCAGCUGCAAGCUUUAAUCCAUCAAGGGACCCUCUAAGAUUUGCGCUAGCCGCUGGAACUGGAACCCUUUUUGUUGUAUCGUUGAUUAUCUUAAGAAUUUAUCUGGGAUGGAGUUAUGUUGGUGAUAGGCUACUAUCAGCAGUUAUACCUUACGAAGAGAGUGGUUGGUAUGACGGACAAAUGUGGGUAAAGCCACCUGAGGUCUUGGCUCGUGACAGACUCUUGGGAUCUUACAAGGUCAAACCAGUCAUCAAAUUGCUGAAACAGACUCUAGUUGGAACAGGGGCAUUACUUGUUACAGGAGUGCUGCUGUUUAUCUUUGCUACACCAGUGGAAGACCUCGUUCGCACCACAUUUGGCACGAAACAAAACUCGUCAGAUAUUUCCGCCUCAAAAAUCAGCUCAAAGUUCAAUAUAAGUAAAGAGGAGUUGCUUAAAUUGCCUACGGAUGUGAAGGCCAAUGAUGAUCUAGCAGCAGCCGCUGCUGAGGCUGCUGACGGAAGACCAGUCUACUGCAGAGAUAGGUUUUAUCGUGCAUUAGCAGGUGGACAAUACUGCAAAUGGGAGGACCUGCUUAAGUGAUGGGUCGAAGGCAAAAGAUAAAAUCAUAAUUCAUAUGCAAUUCAAUAUUCUACAAAAUUGUUUUACAAACAAAGUAGUGGUCUGCAUGGAAAUGCCAUGUCCAUCCAAGGAAAAUCCAAUAGCACCAGCAAAUAGAUGGGGGGUGGGGUGAAGGUUAGCAUGCGACAGUGGAAUGCCUCUUAGUCACUACUACAUUUUAUAAAACAGAUUUUGUGAAUGUCAUUGAACAAAUGCUGAUAAACUAUGCUUUGUAAUUUGUAACAUAUAACAACAGAAUCUAAAGGUAUUACUUUA